GUCAUUUUGGCUUCUCCCCUGUGUUCAUCCGGGCAGAAGUUCCGGAGCGCUGGGUGUGUGCGAGGUGACUUGCAAGAGAAGGAGUCAGAGGAGUCUUUGACCCCGCCAUACAGAGGCGGAUCUGAGGCGAGGCGACGCUGCCCGGGGUGCCCCGCACCACGGCCGGUAUAGGAACCGCCUGCCCGCUCCCGGCCCCGCUUCGCCCACAGGCCCGGAUGGCGGCAGUCACGUUGAGGGACCCGGCUCAGAUACUCACAGAGGGGUCAGUACCUUCUCAGCAGUGACUCUAUUCUGUGAAGCCAGAGUCAUAGGCACCAUCCUGAUCCUGGGGAUCUUCGCGACUCCCCAGGAAUCCAGGCACAGCGCCUCUUGCAGAGCAGCUGCGGCUGUGUUCCAGGAGGUUCUGACGUGUGGCGCCCCUUGCAAAGGCCUGUGGAACGCUGAGAACUGCAUUGCCCAGAGGACCCUGCGCCCAGUGACGCCAGCGUGGAGCCAAUGAAGGUCCAGGAGACGGGCUGUUCGCUGUUCGGCAGGUCCAGAGCGCAGGGUCAGUCCGAGGUGACUGGGGAAGCAAGAGAGGAGGCGUCCCCGUGGCCCUGGGCCGCUCCCAGGCCUGCUCUUCCCACGGAGUCCCAUGGCGGCAGCUGUGCCCGCGGACCCGGCUCAGGGUAGUGUGACCUUCGAAGACGUGGUUGUGUACUUCUCCUGGGAAGAGUGGGGGCUCCUUGACGAGACACAGAGAUGCCUGUACCAUGAUGUGAUGCUGGAGAACUUUGCACUCGUGAUCUCACUAGGUUGUUGGUACGGAAUGGAGGAGGAGGAGGCCCUUUCGGUGCAGCAGGUGUCCAUGGGCAGGACUUCAAGUCCAGCUCCAUCCGUGUGGAGAGCUCAGCCCUGUGACAAGUGUGUCUUGCUUGGGAGAGACAUUUUGUACCUGGGUGAGGACCAAGGAGCACAUCGUGGGCAGAACUACAUCUGUGAGGCAUGUGGGAAACUGUGGUUGGACGCAAAUCUUCAGCCCCAGAAGCAUAAUGAGGAGAAGCCGUUCAGAUGGGACAUGGAGCUUGUGACAAGGUACAAACUGCACGUGUCAGGGAAGCCUUUCCCCUGUGGGGGAGUUGGGAAGGACUUCCUGGCCAUCGUGAGCCUUCUCCGGCACCAGGCCACUCUCAAAGGAGCCGAGCCUCACAGCAGCUUUGAACAUGGGGACUCCUUUCAGGAUAGAAAAAGUCCACCCGAGUACAGCGACCACGGGAAGUCCUUUAGCUAUGACUGUAAACUUUUCCAGCAUCAGCAACUGCACCCCAGAGAAAGUUACCACGACUGGGAUAACUGUGAGAAGCCUUUUAACCAAAGCUCCAUCCUUAGUGACUGCCAGAGAGCUUACCCAGAAACGAGGUCUUACGAGUGUAACGAAUGUGGGAAAUCCUUCAGCCAAAGCUACAACCUCAUUCAGCACCACAGGAUUCACACUGGCGCCAGGCCUUACAAAUGCAGCGAAUGCGGAAAAGCCUUCAGCUUCAAGUUCAGACUCGUCCAGCACCUGCAGAUUCACACUCGCGUGAGGCCUUACGCCUGUGGCGAAUGUGGGAAAGCCUUCAGCUACAGCUCGACCCUCAUCAAACACCAGAGAGUGCACACGCGAGAAAAGCCUUAUAAGUGCGGGGAGUGUGGGAAUUCCUUUAGCCAAAGCUCCAACCUCAUCCAGCACCAGAAGAUCCACAGCGGAGCAAGGCCCUACAAGUGCAACGAAUGUGCCAAGUCCUUCAGCUACAAGUGCAAGCUCGUUCAGCACCUGCGCAUUCACACCGGAGAGCGGCCUUACGAGUGCGGCGAAUGCGGCAAGUCCUUCAGCCAUAGGUCCACGCUCAACCAGCACCAGAGAAUUCACACGGGAGCCAGACCUUACAAGUGCGGGGAGUGUGAGAAAUCCUUCAGCCAAAAGUCCAACCUCAUCCAGCACCGUAGAGUCCACACGGGCGAGAAGCCUUACGAGUGUGGAGAAUGUGGGAAGUCCUUCAGCCAAAGCUCCCACAUCAUUCAACACCGAAAACUUCACACCAGAUAACCUCCUGCCUGCAGCCGCGGAGGACAGAGAUGUCAGUGCAGCACAUGGGGAAGCCAGCUCAAGGCCUAACCUCCUCCCGUGAUUGGGAUUUCAUAGAAAGAGACUCCUGCUGGGAGGAAUGGUCUCCCCCCCACCCCCCCAGACCAGGUUUGUGGGCCUUUAGGAGCCCUGCCACCUUCCUCAGCGUAUAAAACAGGGCAGGUUCUCUGGGCCCUUGGGAGAUAGAGGGUGGGGGGAAUUAUGCAGUCCCCCUUCCUCAUUAGGUAAUUUUGACAGCUAAGGGGGUUUGCAAAUCCUGGUUCCAUGAGAACAGCCUCUCUUCUCUGUGGCCGCCCCCCGCCCCCGGGUUUAUUCUGCAGGAAGGAACGUACUGCAAGGGAAUCAUGUGCCUUCGACAGGGGUUCAGCUUUUCUGGUGGGCCUGAUGAUGUAGUGAAACCUGCACACAUCACCUUCCUCUGCUUUCUUCAUGUAGUUGAGGAUCUUUAUAAACUCUAUUUGCAGGAUAGGGCUUACAGAGGCAAGAAACCGGUAAUAGGAUAGAAAUUCGGCUGGGAUGAUGCUCUUCUGCCCAGAUUGCUGACCCACAGAGAAGCUAUUUGGAAAGUCUCACUGAUGCACCAGGCAGGGUGAGGGGACCUGCUCUCUAUUCCAUUUUUUAAUAAAGCUUUAUAAAAGUUAAGGAUACUGGUAGACUGCACAUACUUAUAAUUGUAUACAGACUGUAAUAAAUGGAUCUAUAUAUGCCUUC